UUCGAAGCCAAGCUUGGUAUCAUCUGCCGACUCUUUCACCUUUAGCCAUUAACCUCGUUCUUUAGCAACGGCUAAAAAACGGGAUACUUUAUAUCCGUUUCCAUAAUUAUAAAAGGAAAUAUAAUUUUCAUUUUCCUUUCUCUUUUCCUUUUCUUUCUCAGUGAAUUUUUUUUCCCAUUCUUAGUACGGUUUUGUAUAACUUGACUGUUGUUUCCUGUAUCUUGUCCUAUCCUACAAAUAAUUAUAGAUUAUUUUUUGGCCGACAAUCUUUGACGUUCUUUACGUCCAUAUAGUUACCUCUCCUUAUCCCUGCAUACAUCUUUAGCAUUCAUUACCUUUUCCAUCGGGAUCACAUUCUUUUCGGUUCGUCUUUCAUUUAUUGUUUUCCUUUCCCUCGUUUAGAUAAUUAAUAUUAUUAUUGUUUGAGGCAUUUUCAAACCUGGUAUCGCUCUUUCAUUAAAAUCAACAUAUAACUUGAUUUUUUUGUUUUCUUUUCAAUGAACUCUGCUAUGGAGCGCUCUGGCACUUUGAAAAACCGUCUCUCGGUUUUGCGACAUCGUCAGAGCACCUCUACUCUCUAUACCAUAGAUUUAGAUAGUGGAACAGAGUUCGAGGACGAUUUUUAUAAACUCGAUCGAGAGUUACGAGAUCUCAAGCAGAAGAUCUCUAUUCAGUCAAAACGAAACUUUGUUCUUGAGAAAGAUGUUCGAUUUUUAGACUCCAGAAUCGCCUUGUUGAUCCAGAAUCGUAUGGCUCAAGAAGAGCAAAACGAGUUUGCAAAGCGUCUGAGUGGUUCUUAUAGCGAAGUGAGAGGUGACUUUCCUGAUGAUCAAAAGAUUCAGUUGUAUGGAGCCCUAUUCUUUCUUCUCCAGUCAGAACCCUCAUAUGUUGCUAGUUUGGUUCGUCGUGUCAAAUUAUCCAAUAUGGAUGCUCUUCUGCAAAUAGUCAUGUUUAAUAUUUACGGAAAUCAGUAUGAAAGUAGAGAAGAACAUCUGCUUCUUUCCUUAUUUCAAAUGGUUCUUACAAGCGAAUUUGAGGCUACUUCGGAUGUCACAUCCUUGCUCCGUGCUAAUACUCCUGUUUCUCGAAUGAUGACAACUUACACUCGUCGAGGUCCUGGCCAAGCAUAUCUGCGAAGCAUUUUGUAUCAGAUCAUUAAUGAAGUUGCCGCUGAUGAUUCUAAAUCAUUACAAAUAAAUCCUCUUCAGGUAUAUCGGCAGCUUGUCGAUAAUGCAGUUAUACCAGUGGAUGAUGUUACCGGGCUGACGACAGAAGAAAUUGCCAAUAUACCCAUAAUCAAAGACACAAUAACCGAACGCUCCUCUGAGCUAAUAAAAAUAACCAAAAAGUUUCUCGAAUCUAUAUUAAAUAGUCUAGACGUGGUUCCUUAUGGUAUUCGUUGGAUCUGUAAAUUAAUUCGGUCUUUAAUCAAUCGCUUUUUUCCCAAGGUGCCUGAUAGUACUAUUUGUUCUCUAAUAGGUGGUUUCUUUUUUUUACGUUUCAUAAAUCCAGCUAUUAUUUCUCCACAAACCUCCAUGUUGUUGGAAACUAAUCCCUCGGACAAUGUUCGAAAAACUCUGGCUGCCAUUGCAAAAAUAAUUCAAAGUGUAGCUAAUGGAACAAGUGCCUCUAAAAGCCACUCACCAAUGCUUGAUCCUUUUUUGAAAUCCUAUGAGAGUAAAGUCCUUAACUUUCUGCAAAAGUUAGGUAAUGUCGAGGACUUUUACGAUGCUCUCGAACUGGAUCAAUACGUUGCUUUGUCUAAAAAGAGUCUUACGCUUGAAAUUACAGUCAACGAAAUUUAUCUGACCCAUAAAAUAAUAUUGGAGAAUCUACCAUAUAUACCUGAUCCGAACUCACACAUUCAUACCUUGAUGGAUGAGCUUGGUGAUGCUCGCGAACCAGUCCCUCAAUUCGAUAAUUGGCUGGUGUCUAUUCCACUUUAUAAUAGAUGGGAAUCUUCAAUUCCAGAUUUAUCAAGGAAACUAAAAGUUACGCGCGAGGACAUUUUGUUUGAUGAUGCUAAAACACUGUUUUUGCAACUGCUUCGACUUUUCCCUAGUGGUCAUCCAGUAACAAAAUUACCCUUACAACUUCAAAAAAUAGCCGAUGCGGUAUCUAGUUUCAGAAACAGUUCUUUGAUAAGGAAGGGUCUAAAAGCAAUUCAGCUGUUGGAACGGUUGUCUGACUUGAAUUUAGUCUUUAAAGAGAAUAAUUAUGAACCUUUAGCGUCCGAAGUUGAAAAGGAGUACCUAAGCUUUGAUAAAAUUAUCCGGAGGAUUCAAGUCGAAAGAGAUGCUUUAAAGGACGUACAUAAAGCUAUCUGCGACCACAACGAAUAUUUACGGACUCAGUUAGAGAUUUAUGCUAGCUAUUUGACGAAUGCUAGAAACCAAAUGUCGAGUUCAAAUGGAGAAUCCAAAAAGUUAUCCCGGGGAGUUGGUGUCAUUGGAAUCAAGCCAAAGCACAACAAGACCAAUGAGGUUGUUCGAUUUUCAGCGCUUCAAAUGAAAAAAGAAUCAAUGUUGUUAGAUUUUUCAUUCACAAACGCAGAUCCAACGACUAUCUAUUUUACAUUUACUAGGUUGCAGGAUGGAGGUUUUCUAAUUUCCAUAUACGAAAGUGGUCAUCUACGACCGUUGAAGGAGUUACAAGUCACUUUAGAACAAGUGAGCCAAAAGAGAUAUACUGAUGAUCCCGUCUUGGACAUAAAAAACGUAAAAUUUGAAGCAAAUAAACUAUACCAUCUUUUUGAACAGGUUUUCUUGAGAAAAUAAUGGUCUGUUUAUUCGGAGAGCCCAACGCGUAAUAUAUACCUUGCUAAUAUUGGGCUCUUUGUUUAUUGUUAGUUUUAGUCUUAGUCUAUUUUGUUGUUAUUUAUUGCUUAAUAAAAAGCAUGGCUAGGUUUUUUUUUUGUUUUAUUGAAUAGAACUACUUGAACUAUAAUUUGGACAAUUUUCAUACAC